GAUGCCAUAUGGUAAACUUAUAGGGACAAUUGUUAUAUUAAGUAUAUGCGUUGCAGGCGCCAUUCGUAAUUUAAAGGAAGGCCCGAUGAUAGGGACAGAUUCUAGACAGUACAAAGUCGCAUCUUUACCGAUUGAGGAUCCUACAGGUGAUAGUACAGACAUGCCUUCGGGCAGAGUUGCACCUGUGCAGGUGCUUUGCACUGAGCGAAGCAUGAUUGUGCUCAUCAGAGCGGACCUUCACUCCAACGGCCGUCAUGUCACUGCUGAAGAGUUUAGCCUCGGUCAACCGUGCUCAACCGAGAGCUGCAAAGCCUCUCAGUACAGUGAUACUGAAUAUGUGAUUAAAGCAGAUUUGCACCAGUGUGGCUUUGAAUUAUCGAUUGAUGGAGAUCAUUUGGUUUAUUCAAACCAAUUGAUCUACACCCCUAUGCAGAACAGCUUGGGUAUUGUAAGGACAAGCACCGCUUCUAUUCCUAUUGAAUGUCGCUACAAAAGGACCCACUUUGUAAGCAGUAUUGAUGUGAAGUCUUCCUGGCCUACCACAUCAUCUCUGGAAUUGAUUGGUUUUUCCUUUCAUCUUAUGAAUGAUGAUUGGAGGACUAAAAGGUCAUCCUAUGUGUACCACCUUGGGGAAGUGAUGAAUAUCCAGGCUUCUUUCUUGAUGGCUGAGCAUGCUCCCAUCAGAUUAGUAAUGGACAGUUGCGUGGUCAAUCUGGAACCUAAUGCCGCAUCAGUGCCACGCUACGUGUUCGUUCAGAACCAUGGAUGUCUUGUCGACUCUAAAGUGCCAGACUCUAGUGCCCGUUUCAUGCCCAGAAAACUAAAUCAUGUGCUUCAGAUGCAGAUGGAUGCUUUCCGUUUCCAUGAAGACCACCGUAAUGCUAUCUAUAUUACAUGCCAGCUGAAGAUUGUUGAAAUGGAGUUGAAUAUCAUGAACAAGGCCUGUACCUAUUCUGGAAACGGGUGGCUCAGUGUGGAUGGUAAGGAUGAGGUUUGUGAAUGCUGUGAGAAUACUUGUGAUGUCAUCAACCAGAAACAUAUUGGCAAAUGGAGUAGACUACCAAAAAGGUCAGUCAGUAGAGAUACAAUGGAGUCCAACACUGUUUUGCUUGGUCCCAUAACCGUUCUUGGCUAAAUUCUGUGCUAUUCAUGAAA